CAUUUAACGUCGCUCCCUUCGGUUGAGGAGAGUCAUCAGCACACACGAGGACUUGCGUUGAGUGCUGAGUCGGAUCUCUCUCUUUCUCUGUUGCCGCCGUGAGAAACCGGCGCUAUUUUAUUGGAGAAAAAAAAGGCAUUAACACGUUACGAAGAGAAAAGUUUUUUUUUUUAAAGAUUUUAAAGAGGUGACAAAAACAACGCGUUAGUGGUGGUUGCACAGCUAGCUAACUGCGUAGUCUUCACCACAUUACAGUAAAUAGAAAGAUCAACGAUGGACCCUAGAGACACUGCCCCUGAUUCGUGGGAACAGGAGGACGAUGGCGAGGCCCCGGCCGACGUGCAACUUCAGACCGCCUUCACCGCCCUAAAUGUGGACGCCAAGCCGUUUGUCCCCAAUGUUAACGCCGCCGAAUUUGUUCCGGCCUUCCUACAGAGAGGGCCUUCGGAAAAUCCAGACACCGAUGGCACUGAGGCAGUUGUCAGCAUGGAGGUGUCGGAACCCACUGUGCCAGUGGAGAACGGGGAGGCGGAGAUGAACACAGAGGAGACGUGGGAGCAGAAGGGCGGGGAGCCAGAUGAUGCGGAGCCGGGAGGAGGGCCUGAUGGAGAAGGCCCCGCCCCGGAACCCCAGCAGGAGCUGAUGGAGGAGGAGGAGGAGGUGCCAACGCCUAAAGUAGCCCCAGCCCCGCCAGACGCCCCCAAGAAGGAGCACGUGAACGUGGUCUUCAUUGGGCACGUUGACGCUGGGAAGUCCACAAUCGGAGGCCAGAUCAUGUAUCUGACGGGGAUGGUGGAGAAGAGGACCCUGGAGAAGUAUGAAAGAGAGGCCAAGGAGAAGAACAGAGAAACCUGGUACCUCUCCUGGGCCCUGGACACAAACCAGGAGGAGCGGGACAAGGGGAAGACGGUGGAGGUGGGCCGUGCCUACUUUGAGACAGAGAAAAAGCACUUUACCAUCCUGGACGCUCCGGGACACAAGAGCUUCGUCCCCAACAUGAUCGGGGGCGCCUCGCAAGCGGACCUGGCCGUGCUGGUGAUCUCCGCCAGGAAAGGCGAGUUUGAGACCGGAUUCGAGAAGGGCGGGCAGACGCGAGAGCACGCCAUGCUGGCGAAGACGGCGGGGGUGAAGCACCUGAUCGUCCUGGUGAACAAGAUGGACGACCCCACGGUCAACUGGAGCCUGGAGAGGUAUGAGGAGUGUAAGGAGAAACUAGUGCCAUUUUUGAAGAAGGUGGGAUUCAACCCCAAGAAGGACAUUCACUUCAUGCCCUGUUCUGGACUCACCGGCGCCAACCUGAAGGAGCCUGCCGAGUUCUGCACUUGGUAUACAGGGUUGCCAUUCAUUCCACAUCUCGACAGUUUGCCAAACUUUAACAGAUCAAGCGACGGGCCGGUCAGAUUACCCAUCGUGGACAAAUACAAGGACAUGGGCACUGUGAUCCUGGGCAAGCUGGAGUCCGGGUCCAUCGGCAAAGCACAGCAACUCGUCAUGAUGCCAAACAGGCACACGGUGGAGGUGCUUAGCCUGCUCUCUGAUGACGUGGAGACGGAUGACGCUGCUCCAGGAGAGAAUCUGAAGCUGCGGCUGAAGGGCAUUGAGGAGGAGGAGAUCCUGCCUGGCUUCAUCCUCUGCAACGCCGAGAACCUCUGCCACUCCGGACGCACCUUCGAUGCUCAGAUCGUUAUCAUCGAACACAAAUCAAUCAUCUGCCCAGGGUACAACGCAGUUCUACAUAUCCACACCUGCAUUGAAGAAGUGCAAAUCACAGCCUUAAUCUGCCUGGUCGACAAAAAGUCGGGCGAGAAGAGCAAGACGCGACCCCGCUUCGUGAAACAGGACCAGGUCUGCAUCGCCCGGCUGAGGACCGCAGGGACCAUAUGCCUGGAGACCUUCAAGGACUUCCCCCAGAUGGGCCGCUUCACCCUGAGGGAUGAAGGCAAGACCAUCGCCAUCGGCAAAGUGCUGAAGCUGGUGGCGGAGCGCGACUGAAGCUGGGCCGGGCGGACGUCCUGGAACAGCCUGACGAAACGGAGAGAGGAGGGGAGGGAGGGGGGGGCACCGCUGCCAGCCCGCCGUACACAACACUCCUCUCUCCGGGCUCUCCCUCCUCCUGCCUGACCAAGACCAGCUUCCAACAUGAAAUGAAAAGAAACUUCUAAUCGGUUUUUAAGCGAAUUUAAAAAAAAAAAAAAAGAGAGAAAAGAAAAGACAAACAAGUCCACGCGUGUCAGCUUUCUCAUAUUGAGAGCUCAGCUAUGCCAUUGUUUGGGCCUUCACCCAUGACACAUUACUCCCCCCCCCCCCACACCACCACCCCCACACGGUCGACAAGUAAGGUUAUAACGGAUACUUCUCCCUUCCACCUUAUUGUUUCUUCUUUUUUUUUCUUUUUUUCUUUUUUUCUUCAGAGUGUGGGGCGCUGGUCACAUGACUUGUGUGGACCAGGGUUUUGCUUGGAAUACAAAUAUAAUUUUAAAGAAAGGAAAAAGACGAAAAAAAUGUUGAAAAAUUAACCAGUUGAAACCAAAAUCAUGUUAAUAUCUUGGUUGUACAUGUCUCCCUUUGCUUAAGCCCAGAUUGGUUUCUCUACUCCAAGCGGUCGCGCGGUGUGCGCGGGUGUUCACUUGUUAUUAAAGCAAAUACAGUGACAAUAAAAUAUUAAAUUCAAAAAUUAAAAA